CAAGGGGUCGAGCUCGAGUCGGUAUGUCGCCGUCUGCCUCCCUCUGUCAGUGCCCGGUAGCUAACAUGCUCCAAGCCAAGGGACGUCCGGCAAGACACCCGGGGCUCCACCAGCAUCACGACUCGAAGCGCUGCAAAUCGUCCAUCUCGGCGGCCGCCGGGUCGGCGAGGCAGACUACGAGCUCGCGCGGUCGGCCAGCACGGCGUCGGCGCCGGCAGAGAGACGGCUGCAGCGGAGCCGCUCCAGCUCGGCCGACAGCCGCGUCACGCAGUGGUUCGACCUGUACCAGGACUCGGUCGUCCCCUUUGCGCCGAUGCAGCUGCAGCUACAGCCGCAGUCCCAGGCCCAGGCCCAGGCCCAGGCCCAGGCCGAGAUCCACCCUCGAAUACCCGGCGCGCCCGUGGCCAGCAGGCGGCUGCAGCACCGCCCGUCCAAGUCUGAGGAUCUGCGCCCCGCCCCGCUCAGGGUGCCCUCGACCGAACUGAAGGAACCCGGCAGCGGUAGCCAGCCGAGCGCCGCCGCGCUGGCCCGCAAGAACUCGAAGUGGAAGCCGCUCCCCGGCGUUCCCGGCCAGCAGCAGCAGCAGCUGGCGCCGUUCACUGCACAGCCGCAGCCCCGCCGGCCGGUAAUACCGCCGCACAGCAGCAGCAGCCAACUCGACCGGCCGCUGCUACCUACCAAGGCGCUGCAAGAUAGUCUCGCCCCUUUAGUCCGGAGAGAAAGGGACCAGAUAAUAGUCAUCUCGACCACGCUGGGCAGCAGCAGCACGCCGCCGCUGACGCCCGACAGCGACGCCGGCGGCCGCGCCGCUGCGCAGCCGUCGUCGUCGUCGCCGUCGUCGCUGUCGUCGUCACGGCCAGCCGAACGCAGAAAGGAACGUACCCCGCCGCCGCGCGACCCCCGCGCGCAGAAGCCGGCGGUGCCAGCACAGAAGCUGCUUCGACACACGCGCUCCGAGCGCAUGUGGCUGCACGAGAACUACCGCGGCGAGGCCCCGUUUCUUUCCGCCUGGGGGCUGGACAUUCAGCGGCCCGAAGACCGCGCCGAGGGGUUGGAUAUCUUGCGGGAUCUUAUUCGGUCGGAGGCGAGGGGUGGUGAGGUUAGGGGAGGGAAUUGAUGGACGUCUGUGGUGGAGAGUGUCUGGUGGAGAGUGUCUGGUGGAGAGUGUCUGUGGUGGAGAGUGUCUGUGGUGGAGCAGUGUCUGUGGUGGAGCAGUGGUUUUGUUGUUUAAGGCGCAAGGUUGGAGUCAGGGGCCGGGUUAGGGGGCGAGCCGGGAGAGAGGGAGUUUGGACUUUUGUUAUGAUGAAAUUGCUACAGAAGAAAAGUUG